CGGAGGAAUUCGCCAGUAUGCGCCGCGCUGCCUUGCCGGCAAGUUGUACGUAGUGGUAUAGGUUUCCUUUCCUCUCAUCUCUGCGAAAGUGCGAGUAGUCGUCGUUCCUUCGAGUCGCAGUGCGAACGAUCUAGCGGGUAUCCUCCUCCUCCUUUUUCGCCGAGCGAGGGAGAGACGCCGACGACCGUCGUCUCACGCAUCGUCUCCCCGAGGAUUCGCCACGUGUACGAGAAGCGCGAGAUCGAGAUCGAGCUCGCGAGGUAUCCGCCCACGCUGAGCGCGACAGGCUCGCCGGCUCGAUCCGCGGAUUCGAGGGUGAUCGAUGAGAGAUACCGAGGAAAACGAUCCAUCGAGGGAAACGAGGCCAGCAAAGGUCACCGUCAACGCGAUCACGCCAUCGGCGAGCUCGAGCGAAAAUCGCGUCGCCUGUCGGACACGGGGAGGAUCACGCCGCGAUCAGCAGCCAUCAUCGUCAGUGACGACGUAGAAGAGUAGACUCGCUCGCUCGUGCUGGCGGGCCAAGUUCCUAUCAAAACAUGGCCACGUGACCCCCGGACGGCACGGCUUGUAAACACAGAGUUUGACCACGUGGUCUGCUCCCUCUCUCCGCCACGUCGCGCGCCUAUCGUCGUUUCUCUCUCUUCGCACCGCUGCUUCCACUCUACCGUCUCUCUCUGCCUCUCGCUCUCGCUCUCUCUCUCUCUUUCGCUCGCUCGCUCGCUCGCUCGCAAGUUUCUCCUCCCGCUGUCGUCGUUAUCGCCGUCAUCGUCGCCGUCGCCGUGCUUCUCCUUCUACGACUCUCUCGCGCGCAGAACACCGGAAUCCUCAGUUGGUUCAUCGCCGCCGCCAGUCGCACGUGAGGGCACGAUCGAGAGCACGACCGCUCCCCGCGAACUCGUCGCUCGGCUCCGAUCCGCGCCUUCCAUUGUGGCCGAUCCCGGUCGCCCGAUCGGUUCCUUCGGUGGUGAUGUGUUGAGGAAUCCCAGUGAGAGAACAAGUAGCGGCAACGCGCAUUAAGUUGACUCGAAACGAGCGCCGAGGACGUACGAAGGCCACGUACAUAUAUGUAUAUCUAGAGUGAUAGUGCGACCGAAACGCAAUCUGGAUCGUUCCCCUCGCGCGCGGACCAGCUCCCUCGGUGUCGAUCUAUCUCGCUGCAGUCUCGAGCGUCCCGGAUCCCGAUCGGAUUCCCACCGGAGCGCAAUAUGAUGGAUUCGGUUCCGGUCUCGGCUACGGGGUCGAUGACCCCGUCGCAGCAACAGCAACAGCAGCAGCAGCAGGCGCAGAAGAAGGGGGUCUCCUUUGAGUUCUCGACGUCGCCGGACCUGGAGACCGGCUUCGAGCCGCAGACCAGAGCGCGCUCCAACACCUGGCCGUUGCCGCGACCCGAGGGAUACGUGGAGGGCAACGCGCCCACCGCCAAAGAGGGCGCCGAGGGUGGCACGCCACCCCAUCAGACGCAGCUGUCCCAGGGCGGUCUCCUGACGGUGAAGAAGAACUCGUCGAGGAGGAACGCCUGGGGCAACCUCAGCUACGCCGACCUCAUCACCCAGGCCAUCACCAGCGCGCCCGAUCAGCGGCUCACUCUCUCGCAGAUCUACGAGUGGAUGGUCCAGAAUGUCUCCUACUUCAAGGACAAGGGUGAUAACAACAGUAGCGCCGGCUGGAAGAAUUCUAUACGUCACAACCUGUCGCUGCACAGCAGGUUUAUGCGAGUGCAAAACGAGGGCACCGGCAAGAGUUCCUGGUGGAUGAUCAACCGCGACGCUAAACCAGGCAAAUCCGCUCGUCGCAGGGCCACCACCAUGGAGAGUACCGGAAGUCUGGAGAAGCGACGCGGUCGCUCGAAGAAGAUCGCCGAAGCACUGAGGAACGGCGGACUGUUAGCUGAGCCCACGUCUAGUCCCAGCAGUAGCGUCGGCGAGGGUCUAGACUUGUUUCCGGACAGUCCCCUGCCUCCUACUAGCGGAUUCCAGCUUACCAGCACCGAUUUCCGGAUCGAGGACAAAUAUCUCUCAGUUAAAAGCCGGGCACAAUAUACGACUUAUGACGAAACGAAAUGUUUCUGUUAUUCAAGUCCUCGCGCUUCGAGCAACGCCUCUUCCUGUGGCCGAUUGAGUCCUAUUCCGGCGGUUCUCGGGGAACCGGACUGGACGCCGACCUAUGCGCCUUCCUACAGUCCGGAACAACAACUAGCAGACACGAUCCUAGCUGGCAACCUGGCAGAGACAAUGAAACUGGAGCCCUACCAAAUCUACCAGACGUCACCGCCGGCCAGCCACCAGCAGCAGACCGGGCCACCGCCGCCUUAUUACGAAGCGCAGUACCAGAGGAACAACGGCCUACGCACCCCGUCGUCCGCAUCCUACAGCCUGCCACCUACCCCGCAGUCGGCCAAUCAGCAGAGAUGCCCGAUCCACGGUCUGCAGCCGUGCGCCUGUCAGAUGAACCUGAGCCCAGGCAUGUCGCCAUCCGGCAUGUCGCCAUCGUACCAGCAGAGCGAACCCAGUCCUACGACACUCGGCAGCAAUCAGCAACAGACAUUGCAAUAUAUGAUUCAAACGCAACAGCGUCAACAGCAACAACAGCAGCAGCAGCAGCAGCAACAGCAGCAGCCGCAGCAUCAGCCGCAACAUCAACCGCAGCAUCAGCCGGCGCAGACUGGACCAGCUGGUCCCAGUCCGCCCAACACUCCGACACCCUGUCCCGCCACACCCAGCACCAUGAUGGGUCAGCUGAUGGGCGCGCUCAAUCAUUCCGCCCUCCUCGACGAUCUUAACAUCAACAUCGAGGCGAUGCACGGCGGCUUCGACUGCAAUGUCGAGGAGGUGAUCAAGCACGAGCUGUCGAUGGGCGGCACGCUGGACUUCAAUUUCCAGCAGGGGGUGAUGGGCACCGUGCAGGUGAGCGACGGCAACGUCGUCGGCCAAAACGGCGGCGUCGUCUCCCAGAACACGGGCGUCGUCGUCGGCACGACGACCGGCAACGCGCCCGCGGGCGUCUACGUCAGCACGAACGCGGCCACCCCCGCCGCGACCCCCUCGUGGGUUCACUAGCAGUUAACCCCCCUGCCCUCGACACCCCCGUCGUCCUUGCCGAUGCCGCCGUUGUCCGACGGAUCGCUGGAUAACUUCCGCGGGACGACCGAAGGGCAGCUCAUCGAUGUUCGGCAUGCCGAGGACGAAAGGGUGAAUCGACGAUUUGUGAUAAGAUAUAGACAUAAUGAUACCAGAUCACGACGAAAUACGUACUUCAAAAAUGCCAAUUUACGCUAGUGCAAUUGUGGUGCAAGAAACUAAAACGCUGCGUGCGCGAUCAACGUCGGCGAGGGCUUCAUCAUCGCUUCGACUUCUUCCACAGCGAGCUGCUACUCAAAAUAAAUCGAAGACGAUUUAUUUUGCUGGCGACAACUUGCUCUCGCGAAUUAUGAGCUCUCGCGAAUUUGCAAAUAUUUUCACAAUAGAUUAUUCGACUAGAUCUGAUACCAAAAACUUACUUGUGCUUACUUUUGUUGCGAAAAUUAUCUCGCAACGAUAUAAUUAAUAUAACUUUUAAAUUUUCCGGAGACAGCAACUUUUUUUUCUUAAGAAACCCAACGUUAAAGAUCAAAAGAUUAUGUUCAUUUUUAAUUGAUAAGUUAUGGGAUGUGGAUCCGAAGUUAUUUUGUUUUUUCAUAAUUUAUUUUAACAUGAAAUAUUUGUAAAUUUUUUUGCAAUACACAACCCGGAUUUUUGAAGGAUUAAUUCAUAUUUGAAUAUUAUUCAUCAUUAAUUGUUCUGUGAAUGAGAUUGUCAUGCUUAACAACAAGACAUCCAAAUAACGUGUUGCUCAAAGAAAUUCUGCCGAUCCAUUUCGAUGAUAUUACAACUGCAAUUUAGUUGUUAACGACAACUGUACAAAUGCAAAAGCAUUACGGACCAUCGAAGAGGGAUCUUCAGAGCCGUAACUUCGCGUGCAUCUCGAUUCACGAAGCGUCUCCAACCUUUAAAAAAUAAUCGAGGGCUCGAACCGCCAAGACAUCAAACCGCCAAAAAAAAAAAAAAA